UCGCCAACAGCUUACCCAAGACCAUUUGCUAUAUAGGUCCACUUGACAGUCUCUGUUCUCUGACGCCGCUCUUGUAGAGGCGGAACGCAUCACACCCGAUCUGUUCAGCUUCAAUACUUUUGAAGCAUGGAUUUGAUAGUCAAAGUGUAGAAUAUUGUGUUAUUGCAGAGGACGGAAUUAAAUCAAUCUCAUUAUCACUAACUCCAUGCACUGCUCAACGGCUACAGGAGUCCGUCUGCCAGUAAGAUGAGGUUGCUACAACACUGACCGACAACACGUCUCACACACUGGAUCACAGUAACCUGGAUGCAACACACUCCCGCAGACCAAGAUGUGUGUAUCUGCCCUGUCUCUGUGGCUGAUGCUGUGUCUGCAGCUAUUGGUGAUGGUGGUUUUCAGGACACAAGGUGAGGUCAUCGCCCCGUCCAGCAUGACCGCUGUGGCGGGCCUCCCCUUCACGCUGGGCUGUAACGUCACCAUAGCAACUGGCGACACGGUCAAGCAGGUCCGCUGGCUGAACAAACACAAGCAGGUUCUCCUGGCGUACGAGCCAGGCGAGUCGGUCAGAACCACCUCCCGCCAAGACGACGUGGAGCUAACUUCCUCGCACCGCAACGUCAGCGCCAUCACCAUCAAGAGGGUGGGGCCUAACGACGUGGGCUGCUACCGCUGCAUCUUUGACAUCUACCCCAGCGGAGCACAGGAGGGAAAGACCUGCCUCCGUAUCGAAGUCAAAGUGGGCAAUGAGGGUAAUAAAACAGCCAUCAGAGGGAAGCUGGCCACCAUGUCCUGCUGGUACGGCCUCCCAGACAGGGUACGCCAGGUCCUGUGGAGAAAGACUGCAGAGCAGGGCGACACGACCACGUUGGCCUCCUUUGCCAAGCGAGGCCAACCCAGCAUUGAGGAACCUUAUCGGGGACGCAUGACCCUGAACCCCUCCCUGGGAGACACCCAGCUCUCCAUCAGGCCGGUGAAGACGGAGGACGAGGGCUGCUACACCUGCGAGUUCCACACUUACCCAGAAGGCACCAGGAGCGCCACGGCCUGCCUCUUUGUAUUUGUGCUGCCCAACCCAGAGAUCACCCACGUGACCUCCAGCGGGGUCAUCGAGGCCAACUGCACGGCCGCAGCCCGUCCUGCAGCCCAGAUGGUAUGGAAUGUGGAAGGGGACAACCGGACGCUGGGGCCGUCCGUGUCCUCGUCCUACGACCAGGGGGACGGCACCACCCUGGUCACCAGCACCCUCCUCCUCCAGGAGGCUCUGCCCCACGACCAAUCCGUCAAAUGCAUGGUGCACCACCGAGGCCUGGACUCGCCCAUGUCCGUCAACCUCAAUGUUGGUUCGGCCCUCACUACCAUCAUCUCAGUAUCCUGUGUGGCAGCCCUGCUCCUGUGCUGUCUGUGCGUGUGCCUCUGCAAGUGCUUCCUGUGUCGAGACGAUUGAGAUUUGACCUGGAAUGGUGGAAGAAGGACUGUUUUGAUGAGAAGCCAGAGUUCUGGUCAUCCAGCUAGACCUAUCAGCUCCUCAGCUCCAUACGCCCCAUGUCUGUUAGAAGGAACAACUCACUACAGUACUACACAUCACCAAAAGCUGUUUCUCCAGGCCCCACUGGGUGAACUGGACAUGAACCUUCAUCCCACCAGUGACAACAACAUCAACAACACUAAAGCCAUGUUUCUAUUAACAGUAGAUAUAAAGACACUUAUCAAAAUGUGGCUUUGAAGUUUAGUUUGUCUGGUCCCAGAUCAUUUUGUAAUGACUUGCCAACUCCUAUAGUCAUUGUUACGUCAAUGGCUCAACAGAUCUGGGAUCAGGCUAUAACCGGUCCACUCGAUGAAUAAAAAAGUAUAGGACAAAGGCCCUUAAUAGAAAGUGCUUUAAAAGUAGGCUUUAAAUUAUACGUUUGCAAAAACUGUCUAAUUACACACUGUGAUGUUUAACAGUUACAGUGUGUUUAAGGACCAGGCUGCUUUUUUGUGUCGGAGUUCCUGUUAUUUGUUUGUGUGAUUUUGCUGCUGUUAUGUCUGUUGGCCUUUCCUAUUGAAGCGUAUUCCUACCAUCUGACCAUUUGAACUGAAGGUGUAAUUACAGCAGGAAAAUGGCCUCCAACUUUUCAGCCUGUAAACCUCUCAACAGAUGUAUGUAUACAAAUGAACUACUACUGUUUAUUAGCAAUAAACUCUUCAGCAUCUUCCUAUAGUUUAACAUCACACCAACUCAGCCUACCCAAAAUAGUCUAGACAACGAUGGAAGUUGACGUGAUUUUGUGUCAAUGAAAUAUGCGUAUGCCAUUAGAUGUCAGAUUGUGUAUAUCAGCUUUUUAGGCCACUGUCCCUUACGUCACUGUGAAUAUUCCUGUUGCAAUGUCAAACAGCACUAAUAGUGAGCUGAGCUGUGUGUUUCUAAGUGCUGCCUGAGGAUUACUGGUGAACAGAUCUACAGCGGCUUCAGAAACUAUUCACCCGUUGUCUUUCUCCACAUGUUGUGUUACAGUCGGACUUUAAAAUGGAUUCAAUUGAGAUUUUGUGUCACUGGCCUAUUACAAAGUAAUUACAAAUGAAACUCUGAAAUGUCUUGAGUCAAUUUAGUAUUCAACCCCUUUGUUAUGGCAAGUCAAUAUAAGUUCAGGAGUAAAAAUGUGCUUAACAAGUCGCGUAAUAAGUUGCAUGGAUUUUUGAAUGACUACCUCAUCUCUUUUCCUCACACAUACAAUUAUCUCCACUAAUCCAGCACCAUUUCAACAUCUAAUCACCUACGUUUACUGUGAUCCUGUGACUACCGUUUCUCAGUAAAGUAUUAUGUUUAUCCUUAACCACUGAUUCCUGGUCUGGUCUCUUCUCUGCACCUGGGUCCAACCUCACCACGUCACAAAGACUUGAAAAUGGCUGUCUAGCAAUGAUCAACCACCAACUUGACAAAGCUUGAAUAAAGCUCAGGCGGGUAGCAGGGAACCAGGAACUGAGGCUGAGGGGAGGGGAGUAGGGGCAGGGUAAGCAGGAUUGACGAGGGACUGGAGACAGGGACCAGAGUCAGAGCGGACGGAACUGUAGCGGAAAGCAGAGUCAGGCUAGGGAAAACCAGGCACAAGAGGAUAACACGAUCAAUGCAGGAACAAACAGCUUAAACCGCAGACUGACUGAGCAGAGGCUACGAACUAGCAACGUGGAAGUGACAGGGCUGAUUAUUUGUAAAGGCCUUGAUUAUGGAACAUGUUGCAGCUGGUGGGGAUCUGCUCCGUCUCCAACACACCUGUCUCCACUCACACACACACACACACACACACACACACACACACACACACACACACACACACACACACACACACACACACACACACACACACACACACACACACACACACACACACACACACACACACACACACACACACACACACAGAGGGAGAGAGCACUGGGGAAGUGGCAGUAGGUUAGGGAGACAGGAUGAGAAGUAGACGGCAAGAGCAGAUGUAGCAGAGAGAAAUAAUCUAUUUAAUACCUUUUUGAAUUCAGGCUGUAACACAACAAAAUGUGGAGUAAGGGGUGUGAAUCCUUCCUGAAGACGCUCUAUGUACAGUAUGUAAUGCACUAUCACAGGACCUACAUGGACAAUUAAACCACACAGAGAUGCUCUUUA